CUUGAGACGCUGCUGUUGUGUUGUAGACUCGAGUGCAUUUUUAGCCCGAAUCCACGGAAUUGAGAUUAGAAGUGAUACAUGAUAAAGUUUGUGUGUGUUAAUCAUAAUUCAUAUUAUUAAAAGUGUGAUAAGUAACUUACUGAAUACAGUCUAGAAAUGGAUUUAAUGAACAUCAGCAGCUCUGACUGAAUUUGAGUCAAAAAUCAAAUUAAGGCCUUUGUGGACGAAUAAUAGGGGGUCGACCUGCUCAAGUAAAUGAAUUUCCUUAUCAGGUUACCAUAAAACAUUCCUAUAACGACGUCCAUCGGUGUGGUGGUACGAUUAUAACAUCAAAGUUCAUUCUGACGGCCGCUCAUUGUUUGAUGUACGUAUGGGGAGGACUAUACCCUCCUAUGAUAAUUAGCGUCGUUGCGGGCCAAAUUGAUCAUGAAAUUAGAAAUGAUAGCAUAGUUAGGAAUGCGUCGCGUCUUAUACUACACGAAGACUUUGUUCUGCAAACCUACUUUAACGAUAUUGCCCUGAUUGAGUUAAAUGAAGAACUUCCAAUAGACCAUAAAAGAGUAUCCACUAUUCCACUGAAUGCAAAUUCUCUUUCCAGUGGCAAAUGUACUGUAUCUGGAUGGGGUGUUAUAGUAGAUGGAUCAACCCAGGUUAGCAAGACAUUAAUGGUUGCAAGUGUCGAUAUAGUAGAAUUCACACAGUGUCAAAAAAUGUACUCCUCCUACGAAGGAGUGUUACGAGUUUUAGAUGGUAUGAUGUGUGCCGGUCACGUUAAUGGAGAAACCGAUUCGUGUGCGGGGGACUCAGGGGGUCCGAUGGUGUGCGAUGGUCUCCUCACAGGUAUUGUUUGUGCAGGUGGGAACUGCGGAAGUUCACGCUUUCCGGGCGUAUACGUCGAUGUUUCUCAAUACAUGUCAUGGGUCCAGGAAAAAGUGUUUGGCCCUUCUACAACGGAAAGUGAACUUACGACGACGAGAAGUUUAACGUCUUCAAGUCAAGGGGUUUGGUCAUCAGUUACCUCUUCCGGUUUUGAAUAUAGCACAGCAUUAUCAACAAUUGCGACGAAUGGUUCUGAUCCAACACAUUGGACACAUUUUCCAAGCACUACCACCAAAAGAGUUCCACACUUAAAUAAACAAAAUACGGGAAAUGGUGCAAGCUGUAAUUCAAGCGUAUUUCACAUUUAUUACUACUUAUUAUUUAUGUUAUUCGUCUAUUUUUGUAAUUAAUUAUAUCAAUAUCGUCAGUAGGUAUAUAGACUUAAGAUUUUUGCAACAAAAGCAUAAUCUCUCGAUCAUUAACCUAGAAAAUUCAAAAUGGUGUAUAUAACCAAACUGAUAUAACAACUAUC